AUGUUGACAGCAUGUGAGGCGGGCGAGAUAAUCGCACUGCUGGAGGGCCGCGACGCCUUGGACACUUUUGCAUCUCUCUUUACUACUGUUCGCGAACCCUGGCUUGUGCGUGGUCUUCUCGCGUACCAUGCACGUACUGGCUCCGCGCGCGCCCUCCAACUUCUGGCUCGAGCGCCCGACGCGCACGCACGCCACCUUCUCGACGCACUCGCCGAACAGCUUCACGCCGAGCGACUAUCACGCCACCACGCUCUAGCCGCUCUUGCGCCUUUGCUGGCUCGCCGGCCAGUUUGGCUGCAUCGCUUCCCGGCACACCCAGCGUCAAGGGACCUCCUGCGCGCUGCAAGACGUGAACGUGACCCUCCUGCCUUAUUGCACGCGUUACUUGCGCUCGCGGCGCUGCUUCCCGCCGAACCGACUCUUGCGGCGACGCACUGGCCGGAACUUACCGAUGCGUUACUUCGGCCGGCCGCGUUAGAGCCUCCACCGGCGCCUCCUGUCCGCGAUCACUUGCAGUUAGCGCAAUUGGCGCUAUUCCACGCUCUCUACGCGACCUAUCCGUGCACGCUGGUCGAGAUGCUCCGCGCCGAAUGUGCGACAGGCGCGGGUCCUCGGGAUCUUUGCGAGCGCGCUCUCGCGCCGCUACUUCGUUCUGUUCGGCUACAUCCACACCUUGUAACGGGAUCACGACAGCGGGAAGCGGACCCGUCUCGCUGGACACGCCUCGAAGUGCACGACGUGCUGGCUGAAGCCCGACGAAUGUCGUCUCGCACUCGUGAUCAUCGCGAUCCGCCAGAUGAACGAGCCUCCUGUCCCGCUCUCGAACCCGCCGCAUCUUUCUCCCCGGUGCCCGGGUCAGGGGCACAUGUCGCGCGUGCAGCGUCUGGCCUUCGCCCUGGCGCCGAACCCUGGUUUCCGCUCGUCGAUCGCUGCGGGGCGGAAUCUGCGCCGAACACGCCGCUUCCCGCCGAACCCGAGCCCGUUGAGCCCCCGGAGGCGGCGGUCGAGGCGACCCCAGAGAACACACCUGCGAAGGAAACCCGCACCCAGUUUCGAUUCCCGAGCGAUUCAGGUGCCGUGCGCGCCAUAGGACGACGCUCCCAGCCGCCGUCGCCAUUGCGAAAGGAGAGCUCGCCGCCAGUUGGAGCUGCACCUAGUGGCGGGGACGCUUACGUUGGACGCCUCGCUCGUGUGGCGCUGGAGCGUCGAGCUGCAGAGUCGCCGGUGCCGUUUGGUGCUUGCCCUCCGUCAGGCGCAGCUCUGCCGCGACCGGAGCCAAGCCGUGCGAGCGCCUCGACCGCUGACUUAGAACCGCUCAACGUCGAAGAUCGCGAAGUUCUGGAGCUAACGCAGCGAGCGCGCGCUGACAGCGCUUGGGGCGCUGUCGAAGCGGGUGGGCCAGUGUGUCGCGACCCUCGCAUUUCUGCGCCCCCUCCUACACAGCCUUGUGACCGUCGAACUGCGGGGACUUCUUUACACCGUCCAAACUCCUGUACGCCGCGCGUGCGCGCCGUACGAACCUGCGAAGCGGCCGUGCAAACCGUGGACACGUGGCCUGAACCCUACGAGUUCUUAAUCGCAGACUUCUUCCGCGCUCUACCGGACGAGGAGCGCAAACAGAUAACAAAUGAGAAGACUGUGGAGGCAGCUGGCCCAUGCGAGAGGCUCGACCAGUACCUAACGGAGCUAUACACGGGCAGACGCGAUACCAGCGCUGCUGAGCUGACCGAGCAGCUGGCUCUCGUGCACGCCCAGCUUAUGUAUGAACGAUGGAGACGAGAGGCGCAUGCUGAGCGUAAUCGCCGCUUACUCGGGCGCUGCCGCCGCACACGCAUCCUUGAAUUACAGUACUCUGCGCUGCGUGAUCGCCUUGGUGCACUGCAGCGCGAACGAGACGAAUUGGCGUCGCGACCACACCGCGAUCCGCCCCAAGUCACACCUGGUCUUUCUGCCGUCGCCGCGGAACGGGAAAGGCGCCUCGAGAUGGCGCUCGCCGAAGAGACUGCCGCUAAACUGCGCGCCGAAGCCGCUCUGAAGGAAGCGGAAGCGCAGCGCGCCCUAGAUGCGGCCGAGCUGCGCCGUUCGCGGGGCGAGUCCUUUGAAACCGCUCGACACGUUGAGGCCCUCGCUCGCGCCGCUCUCGCUGCAGAACGACGCGCCGAGCAUGUGCGAAGACUGAGGCGCGAACUGCUCGUGCUCGCCGAGAGGGAGGCGCGUCUCACGGGAGCUGUGCGCUCAGCGGCUAGCGGAGGAGGCGCCGCGGGAAUUGCCGAAGCGGAGAGAAUGGCCGGUGAGGAGCGCGCGUUAAAGGCGGCCCUGACGCGGGCCGAAAGCGAAGCCGAAGCCGCUUGCGCUCGCGCAGAGGCGGCCGCCGCGCGCGCUCAUGAGCUCGAAAACGCUUUGGCCGUACGCGAAGCUGCCGUUCUAGAAACCAAAAGGGUGGCGCGACACGCGGCGGAGGAGCACGCCACGCGACUGCGCGCCUUGCAGGACAAGUACGGAGCACUGCUGCGUGUCGUCCGGGCGGGAGAAGCGCAUCGGCUGGAACGCUUGGCUGGAGAGCGCGGAGGUGUCUCUGUUGCGGGAGCGGCUCCCCCCGCCAUCGCCGAUUGCGCGCGCGUCCGACACCUGCUCGACCGCGAUGAUGAGGAUGUGCCCGAGCGCAGCUAG